UAUAUGCAAAAUUUCGGCGGGUUGGGAACUUUGUAUUUUCUAUCUAUACUGUAUCGCUCUCACCUAAAUGACAGAAAUGAGCAAUAGAGAAAUUAUUCAGGAACUUCUUGGCAGAGUUACAGAGCUGUCUGAAAGAAUAUCACCUGACGUGGACAGUUCUGUAAGGUCAGAAGUGAGAACUAUAUUUGGACGGCAUACGAAUUUACCAAAUGCUGAAACGAGUCGCCAGAGAGAAUUAACGCAUCACCCUAAUCAAAUGGCAUCAACAGCCACAAUAGAGAAUCGCCUCCCAAUUAGAAGGAAUUCAUCCACUGCAUUUCAAUCGAGGCGCUAUUUUCCCGCAAGUAGACCUGCUGCAAGAAGCCGAACAAGGCGAACUCGUUCAUCAACAGCAAUUGAUAACAGGCCAUUUUUGAGAGAUUUAAUCCUAUUAAGCGGCCCCAAAGAUAAUACAGUUCCACGGCAAGGCACUCGGCUGAUGUUGGUAGAAAAUGGACACAUGAUUUCAGGUUGUCGGUUUUCAAAAGAUUUGUCAGCCGCUGCUGUCGAAACUAAUAUAAUGAUGGCCUUUGAUGGAAAAAUUCCGCAUGGUACAGAUAUAGAACUGUUAACAUCGGUACAUUCCACUCUGGUUGCGCCAACAUUAGCCCCUGGUCAGACAUUGGAUGGUGUUAUCCUCCACAGAUUAUACGCACAAAAGCCAGUGUAUGUACGACCUAGUGUUCAGCUGCUUAACAUGGGAAAUGCAACAAAGGAACCAGGCAGCAAUUCUAGUGAAGGAAUAGAUGAACCUUUGGAUGAUGAUGAUAUAAGCAUAUCUGAAACCAGUGAAAUUCAUUCUGUGCCUACUACUGAUAUUGUGCCUGCAACUGAUGGUGUGGCUGAAACUGAUGGUGUGGUUGCAACUGAUGGUGUGGCUGAAACUGAUGGUGUGGUUGCAACUGAUGGUGUGGCUGAAACUGGUUCACUGUCUGCAACUGGCUCCUCAACUCAAACUAGCACACUCCUUGAAACUGAUGAUCUUACUCUUUUGAACGAAGCAGGUGUUUUUUCCGCAUUGAUAGAUACUCCAUUCCUGUCUUUGCCAGCUGAGAACAGAGAAGUAAGAGCUGUUAUUGUGCACAGAACUACAAUACGUCAAGAUGUCAUAGCCAUUUUUAAUGAUGCAGAUGUGCUUAAUUGUUUGGUUUGCCCCACCGUGAUUGAUUACAGUGGCAGGGAAGAAAAAGGGAAAGGAAAAGGAGUAAUGCUGGAUGUUUUGACACAUUUUUGGCAUGAGGUAUACAACACCUACUGUUUCGGCUCCAGCGAUAAGAUUCCUAUGAUUAGGCACGACAUGCAAAAAUGA